GGUUUUGAUAAAUCUCCCCCAUUGUCCCUUUUUGUCUUUUAGACUUUUCUGUAUAACAAUUCUAGGCACUAGAAGCUAAGCCCUGUCUGUCACCCAAACAUUGGGAAGGAUUGUGGAGAAGCAUUCAGGCCUGGGGGUGCGAGGAUAGAUAGUAACAAAACAGGACCACCACUGAACUGAGCAGCUGCUAUUUUUCUAGAAUAGUUUGAAAUGUCGAAUUGCAGCCAGACUGAGUCGAACUGUGGCUCCAACCAAACUCAUGAUGAUGUAAAGAAUUAUUAUGGGAAGCAUCUGAGUAACACAAAAGAUUUGAAAACUUCAGCUUGUGCUGCCCCUGCAAAACCCUUACCAAAACAUAUAAAGGAUGCACUGAGUGAAAUUCACGAAGAUAUUACAUCACGAUAUUUUGGCUGUGGGCUCACGGUUCCACAAUGUUUGGAGAGCUGCAGAAUUCUGGACCUGGGCAGCGGGAGUGGAAGGGAUUGUUACAUUCUGAGCAAACUGGUUGGGCCCAUGGGACACGUCACUGGCAUAGACAUGACUGAUGAGCAGUUAGAGCUUUCAAGGAAAUAUAUUGAUUAUCACACGCAGAAGUUUGGAUACCAGCAAACUAAUGUAGACUUCACUAAGGGUUACAUUGAAAACCUGAAAGGAGCAAAUCUACAGGAUGAAACUUUCAAUGUUGUGGUUUCUAACUGUGUGAUAAACCUUAGUCCGGAUAAAAAAGCUGUGCUUAGUGAAGUCUACAGAGUUUUAAAGUAUGGAGGGGAAAUGUUCUUCAGCGAUAUGUAUAUCAAUAAGACUCUUUCUGAAGAAUUGAAGAAAAACAAAAUGGUGUGGGGUGAAGGCAUUGGCGGAGCACUGCUGUGGAAGGACCUUUUUCAAUUUGCUGAAGAGAUAGGGUUCAGUCCCCCGCGCCUUGUCACUUCCCGGUACAUCACUUUUAACAAGGAGCUCCAAGAUGUUGUUGGUGACUACAAACUUGUUUCUGCUACAUUCCGUCUGUUCAAAGUCCCUAAAUGUGCUAAAAAGGAAAAGUGCCUGGCUAUUUACAAAGGUGGCGUGACAGGUUACGAAAAUGAAAUACAGUUUGAUGCAAACUUCUCUUUCAAGGAAGGACAAGCUGUGGAGGUGGAUGAAGAGCUGCACAGAAUCUUGAAAAGCUCUAGAUUUGCAGAGCACUUUACAUUUCACCCCCUGGAAAAGGGAUCAGGAUCUAUAAAGGAUAUCAUCAGUGAUCCAUUCCAGUUGGCAAACUGAAGUGAAGAGACUAAUUCUUGCAACAACACUAAAAGUAAAGGAUGUCAAUGAAAGCCAGAACAUAAAUAAUUGCUGAAUACUUAAUCUAAACAAACACAAAAAAAUACAAAUAUCUUGCAUAUAAUAUUGACAAACAAUAAAAGGCUGAAUUU